AUGUCUCCAAGCAUUACCAGAAAGAGGUUCCUUAGAGAACUGAAACAGUUGAAGACAACGGCCGAUUAUUCAUCUUGUGACAACUCAAGACUUAACGAGUGGCUAAAGGAACUCUCUGAAGAUUUCUCUGUCUACACAUAUCAGAUGCUACGAUGUGGCAUUGAUCGCAGUGUGCUACCUUCAAUAAGUGAGGAUGAAUUAGAACGAGAGUGUGGCAUCACAAACAGUAUCCACCGACGAAAGAUUAUCGAUCACAUAAAGCUGAUGGCCUUCCCACAGAGUGGUGUCUGUCCUAUUGCGGAUGAAAGUAACAGUGGUGGUGAUGCCAGACGGAUAAAGAAAAUCGAUGUUUUUAUCAGCUAUAGACGAUCAAAUGGUUCACAGUUAGCAAGUUUACUAAAAGUACAUCUCCAGUUGCGUGGCUUUUCUGUAUUCCUUGACAUUGAACGGCUGCGGGCUGGAAAAUUUGAUGUUGGGUUACUGAAGAGCGUCCAAAAAGCACGAAACUUCAUCCUUGUUCUCACUCCACAAGCACUGGACCGUUGCCUUGAUGAUAAUGAUCGCAAAGAUUGGGUACACAGGGAAAUUGCUGCAGCUUUAGAGCAUAAAUGCAAUAUCAUUCCCAUAAUGGAUAACUUCGACUGGCCCCCUAGUGAGAAACUCCCUGAAGACAUACGCUCAAUUACCUUCUUUAAUGGAGUCAGAUGGAUCCAUGACUAUCAAGAUGCAUGUGUAGACAAGCUUGAACGAUUUUUAAGAGGUGAUGUCAACAGUCGAAAGGGCCAACUCCAGAGUAUGAGUAACCAGGGGUCAUUUGACGACCCUGUUUUGGCACAGUUUAAAUGGAGCAGCAGCAGUAGCAAUGAUAAUGGUUCACCCCCUAAAAACUCUCCUAGUUAG